AUACUCACCGCACUAAUCAGUUUGGUUGCCUCAAAUCGCCCGCCGCGAUUCGCAAUCGACGGGCAGUCAGAGAUUGUACUGCGUUUGAAGGAGAGUCCUGAAACGAAAGUGGGAACCCUUAUAUACACCCUAAAGGGCUUCGACCCAGACAACGAUCCCUUGACCUUUGGCAAGCGUAACUCGCACGACAGCGAGAUAAUUCGUAUAGAGAACACCGGCGGUAAUGAGGCCAAGGUCUUUUUGGCCAAGGAGCUGGACCGCGAGCUGCAGGACGAGUAUGCCAUUGUGCUGACCCUCACGGACAGCCAAUACAGCGACCCCAACUAUGUGACGCAGAGCUUCCUGCUCCUGGUGGAGGACAUUAACGACAAUGUGCCCACUUUUCUGCCCUACCAGAAUGCCAUAGAAAUACCCGAGGGCAGUGCUCCGGGCGUGGUCAGCACUUUAGAGGCCACAGAUGCGGACGAGGGAGCCUACGGCCAGGUUGUGUACUAUCUGCAAGAGCUGGAUGGCGACAACGAUGUCUUCUCCAUAACCACGCACCAGGGCAAGGGUAUCCUGAAGCUGGAAAGGGAACUGGACUACGAGCGGAAGAGUCUGUAUCAGCUGAGGGUUUUGGCCAUUGAUCGGGCAAAUCAGGGGCCGGUUAACACGGGAACGGCAGCCAUUCUUGUGAAGGUCAAGGAUCUGGAGGAUCAGCCUCCGGAGUUUGUGGAGGUGCAGGCUGUGGCAAGGAUAGCCGAGGAUGCCCCGGUGGGCACAAAGGUGCUACGAGUGCGGGCCAUCGAUGGGGAUCGUGGAAUCAACAAUCCCAUAGCUUAUGCUCUGGAGGCCAAUGAUCUCUUCGAUAUUAAUCCGCACACCGGGAUAGUCCACACACUGACCAAACUGGAUCGCGAGGAGCAGAGUGAUCAGGUUAAUGGUGCCCACAUCCUAAGGAUCACUGCCACUGAGCUGUCCAAGUCAAAUACCCAACUCGCUCCCAUGACAGUUCGCACUGAAGUUACGAUCAUUGUAAGUGACGUGAACGAUGAGAUUCCAACCUUCGGGGAGACCGUAUAUCGCUGUGAAGUCAAUGAGAAUGCCCAGACCAAUACUCCUUUGAACUUUAUAGAUGAGGAAGUGCAGAAUGUGGUGUUUGAUCAUGACGAGGGCAACAAUGGCACCUUUCGUUUAUUUCUGGAUCCACCCAAUGAUCUGUUUGAGAUUGUGCCUGAACUGGCGGUUAACGAGGCCAACUUUAUGUUGAGGGUAAAAAACUCCAAGUCCUUGGACUUUGAGCAGUUUACAGAGGUCAACUUUACGAUAUUCGCCAGAGAGAUCGAUGAGCCCAGUCGUUGGAGUUCCGCUCAUGUUCAAAUAUUUAUUCGCGAUCAGAAUGACAACUUCCCAGAGUUUAGUCAGGCAAUAUACAAUGCCAGUGUCUUGGAGAACAGCGAUCAGGGCACGAUCAUCACCCAGGUGCAGGCAGUGGAUGUGGAUUCAGGGGAUUAUGGCACCAUGGGCAUACGUUAUACGAAUCUUAGAGGAGGCAUUGCCCACUUACUCCAUCUCAACCCAAUUACCGGGGUAAUAACUAUCAGACAGGCAGGAGGAGCUGCCUUUGAUCGUGAGAUUAUUUCCCGACACUACCUCACCGUGGAGGCUAUUGAUAGCAUCGGGCAGGGCAACCGGAAUACUGCCCAGAUAAUCAUAGACAUCCAGGAUGUCAAUGACAAUGCCCCCACCUUUCCUCAGCGACAAUACGAAACUAAGCUCUUGGAGAACCAAUCAGAGUUUGAGACUCCGUUACAGCUGGAGGCAAGGGAUGCAGAUCUCAAUGGCACUGAGAACAGCCAGGUUACCUACGAAAUAGUGGAGGGCAUGUACCGCUCCAACUUUACCAUAGAUCCGCAGAGCGGUCUCCUGCGUCCUGUCCACCGUUUCGACUUUGAGGAGUUGGUGGAGCGAAGCAGUCGAAGGAGUGAUCCAAAGGAGGGAGGAUCUCCUAGCAUUCGAGAGAUCGAUCUGCUGGUGCGAGCUCGGGAUUCGGGGAUUCCCAUGCUCUCCACCGUGGUUCCUGUACUAAUUUAUAUCCAGGAUGUGAACGACAAUGCACCGAUUUUCCAGCGCAGCUUCUACGCAAAAACAGUGCCUGAGGAUCUGCCAGGUGGAAGCUCAGUGCUCCAAGUCACGGCCAUAGAUCGCGAUGGCUCAUCGCCCAAUAAUGCGGUAGUCUAUAGGAUACAGACAGGAGCCAGUGAUAAGUUCAUCAUUAACUCGGAAACGGGAGUUAUUUCGGUGGCGCAGGGAGCAAAUCUGGAUCCGGAUCUUACAGAGAGCAAGCGAUCGUUGUACACCAUGACAGUGCUCGCUUUAGACGGCGGUUUGGGCAACUCCCAGCUGAUGACCACUUGUACGGUGAACAUCAGCAUUCAGGAUGUGAACAACAAGGCUCCAGUUCUGGGUGAAAUGCCUGCUCUGAAGAUUUUGGAGAACACGCCCGUGGGCACGCGGGUUUACCACAUCCAAGCCACUGACUUGGACCAGAAGGCCAUUUUGCGGUACAAACUUAACCCAGAGCAUAGCGAGGGUCGCACCGAGGAGGGAGCACUCGUCAAAAGUGGCGAGUAUGACUUUUUGGGAGCCUUUGAGGUGGACCCCAUUGAAGGCUCUCUCAAGGUAGUUAAACUACUAGAUCGGGAACGUGUGGAACACAUCAAACUAGCCAUCACCGUGGAGGAUCUGGCAGCGGCCAAAGGCAGACAGCUAGCUGAAGGCUUUCUCAGCAUCCAAGUGCUGGAUGAGAACGACAACAACCCCAAGUUCCGGCAACCCUUCUACAAACAAUCCAUCACAGAGAACAGCAUCAAUGGAGCAAUGAUUGUGAAUGUUCUGGCCUCGGAUGUAGACAAAAACCGCACCAUUACCUAUGCUUUGGAGGGCAAUCCCACAUAUAGAUCUCUGAUGCACUUGGAUUCCCAGACAGGCGAGAUUGUGGUGGCCAGCAAGAUCGAUCACGAGCAGCACCAGUGGCUGAACUUUAGUGUGAGGGCCACAGACUCGGGAAUACCACCGCGAUCCUCACUAGUGGAUGUUUACGUAACCGUCCUGGAUGAAAACGACAAUAAUCCGUAUUUUGUGGGUGGCAGCAAGAACUAUACGAUCAGCGAGAAUGCCGCUCCGGGAACCAGAGUCGCCACCUUACAGGCAGCGGACGCAGAUUCCGGGGAUUUUGGCAAGAUCACUUUCCUGAUGGAUCGCAUCAGUUCGCAGGGGAAGUUCACCAUAGACGCAGACACGGGAGUGCUUACGGUGGCCGAUCGUUUGGACAGGGAGUCCAAGGACUCGUACAACCUGGUAAUCGAGGCCUGGGACAACUACCAGUUUGGGUUCCUGGCGGGGGAGAGUAGGAAUGCCUUCAAGCAGAUGUUCAUUUCCAUUUUGGAUGAGAAUGACAAUCCCCCAGAGGUAAGCCUGCCCAGGAGUUGUGUCCUUAUCACAGAGUACCACGAGUUGCAUGAGCGAGUGGCCAGCAUAGCUGGCAAGGAUGCCGAUGAUCCAGCCACUCCAAAUGGAAGGCUGGACUUUGCCAUCUCUCAAGGCAAUAAAGAGGGCCUAUUUGAACUACGUCAGCUGGACCCUUGGAAUGCCCAGAUCUUUGCCAGCAAGAGCCUACGCAGUAGGUUUGGCAACUACAGCUUGACCAUAACCACCAGGGACUUGGGUCUACCGGCCAAUAUAGUCCACAGCAUUCUGGACAUUUGUGUCUCGGACUUUAAUGAUCAUGCUCCGGUUUUUGUGAGACCUUUGCAUAACACCACUGUCCGGAUUCCAGAGAAUGCCACUGUGGGUACUUUGAUAUUACAGGCUUAUGCCAGUGAUGCGGAUAUGGGCCAGAAUGCCUUGGUUAGAUAUCGCCUUAAACCCGAUCCCUUGGGUAGCUACAAGAUGUUCGAGGUGAACGGAAAUACGGGAGAACUUUACCUGAGAGAGCCCCUGAACCGUGAGAGGCAGAAGAUACAUGAGAUUCGCAUUGAAGCCUAUGACCAAGGACUGCCCACCUCCCUCAGCUCCGACUUGGAUCUAACCAUCUAUGUGCGCAAUGUCAACGAUUAUGAGCCGCAGUUUAUAGUCAACGAGAUAGCCGUGAACUUCACGGAGCACUCGGAUCCUGGCUCUGAAAGGAUCAAGCUGCCCGACACCGUGGACAAAGAUCAGUUCGAUCUGGACGAUCCGAACGAAUCGCCCAGCCAGGUGUGUUACUUCAUAGUGAGUGGCAACGACGCUGGAUACUUUCGUCUCGAUUCGGAGACACAUGUCCUGACCGUAGAACGGGAACUGGACCGCGAGGUGGUGGCCAAUUUUACGCUGUACGUAAGGGCCACCGAGAGCUGUGGAAAUGAAUCCCUAACGGGUGGUGGAAAGCGACGCCGAAUGGGCAUUGAGAUUAAUAAUAGGCUGGGAGGCUUCCUCCACAACAACUACGAUCGCUUCAAGCACUCCCGGCAGCUAAGAGAGUUGUCCAGUAAAGAGGAGUACGACCAGGAGGAAGGAGAUACAGAUGGGGAGUUGGUGUCCUAUGAAAACUACGAAGGCAGUCAGGAGGUAGGAUCACCACCAACAUUCCCACAUCAGACGGAAGCAGACAGCACUAUAGUAAAGGUCAAAGUGCGAGUUCUGGAUAUCAACGAUAAUCCACCACGCUUCCGCUCCAAAAUUUUCACGGGUGGCAUCACCACCAAUGCGGAUUUCGGUUUAAAAUUCAUGCGUGUGGAGGCCACGGAUGCGGAUGAGGGGCAGAAUGGCAAGAUAGGAUACUACCAGGUGGGUGAUAUCCGACAGACUCUGUCCGAAGGACUGGAGAAUGUCCGCAAAGCCCCCUUCCUGCUGGAUCCGGAGACGGGCGAGGUCCAGUUGAACUUUGAUCCGCAAAAGGGAAUGAAAGGUUACUUUGACUUUAUGGUUCUGGCCAACGACACUCUGGGCAUGAGGGAUGUGGCCCAUGUGUUUAUAUACCUGCUGAGAGAGGACCAGAAGGUGCGCUUUGUCUUCCGCCUGCAGCCAGAUGAGCUGCGAGCCCGGGUGGACACGUUUAGAGACACUUUGGGCAACAUCACGGAAUCAAUAGUCAACAUCGAUGAGAUUAAGGUGCACGAGAACAAGGAUGGUUCGGUGGACAAAACCAAGACGGAUCUGUACAUGCAUCUAGUCGAGCGCGAGGAUAACUCUAUUUACGAGGUCUCCGAGGUGCUCAAGCUGAUUGACUCGCACAUUGAAAGUUUGGAUGGUCUAUUCAAGGACCUCAAUGUGCUGGACACUCAGCCGGCGGAGGCCCAGCUCCUAACCGCCGGACCCGCCCGGGGUCCCCUAUUUGUGUGGUUGGUUUUUACGAAUCUGUUUCUGGCCACUCUUUUGAUGGUAACGCUGGCUUUGUGCGCCUCCCAGCGGAAUGGCUAUCGUAGGCAGCUAAGAGCAGCCAAGGUCAACAUAUUCCGUGGUCAUUCCUCAAUGUCCUUGCAAAAUACCCAAGAACCCGCCACUCGUGUGCCAAAUACCAACAAGCAUAGUGUCCAAGGAUCAAACCCCAUUUGGCUAAAGGGUUACGAGAAUGAGUGGUUUAAAGCCGAAGAGGGCAGCACUGGCGGCCCUGACUCACUGGAUGACAACUUCUUGGCGGUUGUGGCCACCCAGGAUAUGCACGAAACCCUCAAGGGCACUGCCAAGCUCUUUAACAACAGCAACGACCUAAACCGCCACUUUAAUCUGUACAACCAAAUCGACAAGCUCACAAAUAAUGCUCAGAUCCUGGCCCGAAAAUUGGAGACCACGGAGUUAUAG